AUCAGAUAGCGUUAAAUGAAUAAUUAUGAAUUUGUACGGAUUAAGAAGUCUUCCAUGGAAGAAUAUGACUGUACCGAUCAGCUGAUGUCAUGUAAAUAUGACGAGAUUGACGUUUCACUGACACUGUCAAGUCCGGGAAGUUGUAAAUACUCCUUCCGUGUUGAGCCAAGUACAGUCAUGGCAACUACUACGCUGCGCGGUCUCCUGAACGAAUUGCGGCUUGCGUCUCCUAAUGGAAGACUAGAAAACUCCCUCGCCGCUAAGUAUAUAAUAGCGCAAUUCCGGAAGUAUAAGACAACUGAUCAGCAACUCUGUAAAGCCAGGGAAGAAAUGCAUUUCCUCGGCAAGACGUACCUAUGUUACCUGAAGAGCCUAAGAACGCAGGCGGAAAUCAGCAAGGAGUACCAUGGUCGAGGGGAGAGGACCGUGAAGGAAACAGCAGAUCUGGUUGGUUUCAAAUUGCCCACAGAUCCCAAGUAGUGCGAGAGUAGUUAUUAGGUAUAUCUAUAAUGUACAUAAUGUAAAGUUAUGUAUACAAUAAACUGAGGUGCAUCCAGUA